AUGCACCCCUCGACCUGUUAUCCCGAGAGAACAAUCGGAACGGAGGACCCCAAAGACGUAAUCGACUCGGACCACCUCGAAGAACAAGAAAAAGCAAUUGGUUAUACAGAUGCCAGAGCAAUUGCAGGAGAUGCACAUUUCCACCGGCUAGGUUGGAAGCGAUUGACGGUCGUCCUCAUCGUUCAAUCAAUUGCCCUGGGGACUCUCAGCAUCCCAUCCGCAUUUGCCUCUCUUGGAAUGGUGGCCGGGGUGGUAAUCACCGUGGCACUCGGGGUGCUUGCUCUAUACGCCAGUUAUAUAGUCGGCCUGCUCAAAUUAAAGUACCCUCACAUCCCUCACUAUGCUGAUUUCGGCCGCCUCCUACUGGGCUCGUCCGGGGACUGGCUGCUCAGCAGUGCCUUCGUCGCGCAGUUAACCCUAGUUGUUGGCUCGCACUGCAUCACGGGGAAGCUCGCUCUCGCUGCGAUUUCAGAUAGCACUACCUGCUCUCUUAUAUUCAGCGCCAUCUCCGCUGUGAUGCUGUUUAUCCUUGCGAUCCCCCCAUCUUUCGCCGAGGUGGCCGUCUUGGGAUACAUCGACUUCGCCUCCAUCAUGAUCGCAGUCGGAAUUGCCAUCAUCGCCACCGGGCUACGGCGAGACGAAGUCGUUGCCCUGCCAUGGUCCGCCUGGCCAAAGGACAAUCUCAGCCUCAGUGAAGCGUUCGUCGCGGUCUCGAACAUCGUCUUCGCAUAUGCCUUUGCAUCCGCACAGCCCUCGUUCAUGGACGAAAUGCACAGUCCCCAGGAUUUCCCCAAGUCCAUUUCUGUUCUUGGCGCAGUACAGAUCACCGUCUAUACAAUCACAGGCGCGUUGAUAUAUGCCUUCGUCGGCCAGACAGUCCAGUCCCCAGCCCUCCUUUCAACCGGGCCCCUAGUAUCCAAAGUGGCAUUUGGCAUGGCCCUGCCCGUAAUCUUCAUAUCAGGAUCAAUCAACACGACUGUGAUCUGUCGAUUCAUGCACGGCCGGAUAUUCCAGCACUCAAUCACGCGCUACGUUAAUACUCCAGCGGGCUGGGCUACGUGGCUCGGCCUCGUUGCGUCUUUCACCCUGAUCUCCUGGGUCGUUUCAGAAGCGAUCCCUUUCUUCUCAGAGCUGCUCUCCCUCGCCGGCUGCUUGUUUGUCUCUGGGUUCUCGUUCUACUUGCCCCCGUUGUUAUGGUUCUUCCUCCUCAAAGAAGGGAGCUGCUUUGAGAAACGGAACGUUCAGUCUGCAGUUUUGAAUCUCCUUGUCUUUGCUGUUGGGAUUUGUGUGCUUGGCUUUGGAACUUAUGCCAGCGUGAAGCAGAUUAUGGUCAAAUUCGAAACAGGAUCUGUGGGUAGGCCGUUUUCUUGUUCGAGUGCGUAG